AUGGGUAAAUCCAAGUCAUCCGGCACUAAGGCCGCAAAGGUCGCUGACCCUCUCACAUCCGUCAAGAGCGCCGGUGUUUCCAAGGCAUCCAGCACCCCUGUCGUCAAGUCUAAGAAGCUUGCUAAGGAUGUUGCAUCCAAGGCAUCCAGCAAGGACAAGAAGAACAAGAAGAAGGUCGAGUCGUCUUCCGAGUCUGACAGCGACGACAGCGAGGAUGACUCCGACGAUGCUGAGUCUUCAGACUCUGACGCCGACUCCGACUCUGAGUCCGAGAAGCCCGCACCUAAGGCCAACGGCAAGAUCGCUGCCGCCACCAAUGGCAAGGCUAAGGCCAAGGCUGCCGUUGCUACCGAGUCUUCAGACUCUUCCGACUCCUCGGAUGCCGAGGAGGAGGGCAGCGAUGACAGUAGCGACAGCGACGAGGAUGAAGACGCCACCAAGAAGGCCAAGCCUGCUGCCGCCGCCGGUAAGAAGGUUGCCGCCAAGGAGUCUACUGACGAUUCGGAAGACUCUGAGGAUUCCGAUGACUCCGACGCGGACAGCGACGACAGCGAUGACUCGGACAAGUCUGAGGCAGAGGAGAAGAAGUCUGAACCUUCCAAGAAGCGCAAGGCUGAGGAGGAGGUCGCCGCACCAGUGAAGAAGGCCAAGGCCGAGGCUAACUCAGAUGCUCCUACAACCCUGUUUGUUGGAAACCUUGGCUGGGGUGUCACCGAUGAGUCUCUUCACGAGGCUUUCUCUGAGUGCGCUGACCUUGUCAGCGCCCGGGUCGUCACUGACAAGGCCAUGCAACGGUCCCGCGGUUUCGGAUAUGUUGACUUCUCUUCCGCUGAGGCUUGCCAGGCCGCAUUGGACAAAAUGCAAGGUUACGAGCUCGAAGGCCGUGGAUUGAGACUUGAUCCUUCCACUGCGCGUCCUGCCGAUGAUGCCACCCCUAAUGCCCGCGCCAACGACCGUGCCAAGCAACAUGGUGACAGCGUCAGCCCUGAGAGUGAUACUCUCUUCGUUGGCAACCUUCCAUUCGAAGCUGAUGAGGAUGUCAUCUCCGCAUUCUUCAAUGAGGCAGCCGAAGUCAAGAGUCUUCGAUUGCCCACUGACCAGGAGUCGGGUAACCGCAAGGGUUUUGGCUACGUGACCUUCAACAGCGUUGAGGAUGCCAAGACUGCAUUCACCAACCUGAACGGUAGUUACAUUGGCGAGGGCCGUGGUGCGCGUGCCAUCCGCCUUGACUAUGCCGCUCAAAGACAACCCGGUGAGGGUGGUCGCGGUGGCCGUGGUGGUGGUGGCUUCGGUGGGGGUCGCGGUGGUGGCCGUGGUGGAGGCCGUGGCGGUUUCGGUGGACGUGGUGGAGGCCGUGGUGACUUUGGUGGCCGUGGUGGUCGUGGCGGUGGUCGCGGUGGAUUCUCGCGAGGUGGCGGAGGAUUCCAAGGCAAGAAGACCACCUUUUAA